CGGGGCGAGGAGCUGCUGGGGAGGCGCCGAGCGAGGCGAGGCUUUCCCGGGGUUGGGGAUCGUUCGGCCUGGGUCAGGCCGGCAACGGCAGCUCUGCGGAAGCGGAGGCGGCGGAGCGCGAUGGCGCGCGCGGCACAGUGCUUGUGAAACGGAACACAACAAAGUAUGGCUAUGGGAAACCAACACCCUUCUGUUAGUAGGCUUCAGGAAAUCCAAAAGGAAGUAAAAGGUAUAGAACAGCAGGUAAUCGGCUUCAGUGGUCUGUCAGAUGACAAGAAUUACAAGAAGCUUGAGAGGAUUCUAACAAAACAGCUUUUUGAAAUAGACUCCGUAGAUACAGAAGGAAAAGGAGAUAUCCAGCAAGCUAGGAAGAGGGCAGCACAGGACACGGAACGCCUUCUCAAAGAGUUGGAGCAGAAUGCAAACCACCCACACCGGAUUGAAAUACAGAACAUCUAUAAGGAAGCCCAGGCCCUUGUGAAAGACAAGAUCGUGCCUUUUUACAGUGGGGGCAACUGUGUAACUGAUGAGUUUGAGGAAGGCAUUCAGGACAUCAUCCUGAGGCUGACACAUGUGAAAACCGGAGGGAAGAUCUCCUUGCGGAAAGCAAGGUACCACACGCUAACCAAGAUCUGUGCGGUACAAGAGAUUAUCGAAGACUGCAUGAAAAAGCAGCCUUCCCUGCCGCUCUCUGAGGACACUCAUCCUUCUGUUGCCAAAAUCAACGCUGUGAUGUGUGAAGUGAACAAGGCCAGAGGCACUCUUAUUGCACUUCUGAUGGGAGUGGACAGCACUGAGACGUGCAGGCACUUAUCGUGUGUGCUCUCGGGGUUGAUUGCUGAUCUGGAUGCUUUAGAUGUGUGUGGGCAUACAGAAAUCAGAAAUUACCGGAGGGAGGUGGUGGAAGAUAUCAACAAACUCUUGAAAUACCUGGAUUUAGAAGAAGAAGCUAACACUACAUAUGCAUUUGACCUGGGGCAGAACCAUUCCAUCCUGAAAAUAGAGAAGGUCCUGAAGAGAAUGAGAGAGAUAAAAAACGAACUUCUCCAAGCGCAGAGUCCUCCUGAGUUGUACUUGAGCUCCAAGACAGAGCUGCAGGGUUUGAUUGGGCAGCUGGAUGAGGUGAGUCUUGAAAAAAACCCUUGCAUCCGAGAAGCCAGGAGAAGAGCAGUGAUUGAAGUGCAGACCUUGAUCACAUACCUGGACCUGAAGGAAGCCCUCGAGAAGAGGAAGCUGUUGCCUUGCGAGGAGCACCCCCCACAUAAGGUGGUAUGGGAUGUCCUAGGAAACCUGUCAGAGAUCCAGGAAGAAGUCCUCUCCUUUGACGGAAAUCGAACUGACAAGAACUAUAUCCGGCUGGAGGAGCUGCUGACCAAGCAGUUGCUGGCCCUGGAUGCUGUAGACCCGCAGGGAGAAGAGAAGUGCAAGGCUGCCAGGAAACAGGCUGUGAAGCUGGCUCAGAACAUCCUCAGCUACCUGGACAUGAAGUCGGAUGAGUGGGAGUACUGAAGUGUCAGAAGCUGACCUGGCUGGUUUGCACUUUAUAUCCACUUCUAGAGAGCUUUCAGCUCAUAGAGCUUCAAUGGGAUUUAUACGUGCAUAUUCAAUCUCAGUAUUUAUGGUUUAAUCAAAUUAUAUUCAGUAUUCCUGCUGCUUUUGAUGUUGCAAAACAAAUAUCAUUACAGCACAUUAAUUUUUCCAUUUGGCUCAUUAUCCUUACAGUGUGUGGUUUGUUUGGUAUGUGCUUUCUGUGUUUAUUUUAUAUGUUUUUAAUCAGAACAUGAAAUAGAGGCAGCAUUCCUAAUUUUAAAUAGGUUGUGCAAGCAUUAAAAGCAGAAAUCCACAAUCUAGAAAUAGACCAACCUUAUGUAACUCCAGGGCAGUUAUGAGAAGGGGAAAUUUGGAGGUUGGAUAGGCGGAAAGUCCAAGUACAAAAGCAGUACAAAGAUAGGUUUUAUGAUGUGAAAUAAAGCAGCUUUUUGUUAUUUACAAGGCCUGAUUGUCCCACCCAACUUAACAGGGUAGGGUUUUUGUUUGAAAACAGUCUCUCUUCCCCAUGGUCUUCAUUCUUCUGUGUGUAGCAUUAAAAAAAAAAAAAAAAGAUUAAACCUGAUAGCCAAAAGACAUCAGUUAUUCAUGCUGUUGCCAGAUUUUUGUAUCACAAGUUAAGAUUUUCCUUACUAGCUAGUAAGGAUAGGAGCGUUUAAAUGAAGUCUGUGGACCUUAAAAAAAAAAAAAAGACAUCCAUGCCUGUAGUUAGAGGAUGAAGGCUGAAUAGGUUUACCAUGUCAUGUCACACCAACACUAAGCAGGAAGUUCUGCCUGUAACAUAUGGCGGACUUUCUCUGUGGAUCAAGGCUGUAGAGUACACAGACAUGUUAAACUGCUAUUCACAGUGCAGAUAGUUGGUAAUCCACAGGGACCAGGUCUCUGCAGCUGUCAAAGGAGGCUGGCUGACUGCCGCUAGCGCCAUAAGCACCACCUGCUCUUGCUUGGAGUUCAGGCUCCUGGAUGCCUCCCUAGUUCAUGUUAUGGGUGUGAGUCCCUUCAUUGCCUGAAAGGUCCAUUAGACUGUUGUCAGGCAUGAAGGGGUUUUGUAAAUAUUUUUGGAGGAUCCAAUUUUAUGGUUACUACUAUCAGUGAGAAAAUAAUUCUCCCAAACUGCAGUGCCUUGAUAACGUGGGUCCCAGUAUUGUAACAGACCCCAUUCUGUAGCCACUUUUCCCAUCAUGGAUCCUGUGAGAGCAGAUCUUGUGAAUCCUAGUGAGCUUUAACUUUUCAGAGACAUUAAUUUGGAAAUUGUGUAAGGAAAUUGUCACUUUAGACAGCUAAAAGUAUGACAGAUUAAUAGCCUUAAGUAGCUGAAAUGAAAAAAGCAUAGUCCUAAACUAAUCUCUUGGUCUCAAAACACGCCCUCAAUAUGCCUUUCCUACUGGAAAUGUCUUGGAAUCAAUGGAUCCUGGGAUGUUCCAACAGUGAGCCCGUUUCAUGACAGGCCCAGCCGUGCACAGCUAUGGUGCUCUUAGUACAGGUCAUUGGAAUUUUCCUUUUAGCCAAAGCCUUUUAAGAUUGCUUUUCUGUAUCAUACUUUUUAGAAUGCUCUUAAAAUCUUGAAUUUUUAAAUUAUGCCCCCUGGGAAAUCAAGAUUACAUUAAAAUCACUUUAGAUAUACACUUCACCAGGCUCUAAUACUUCUUUUGAGAGUCAAAUGCUAGCCUUUCUUUCAAAGUGUCCAUUGUCCUGUUGAAACAGAUUUUUGUCUGUAACCAGGAUGUCCCAUUUCCCACACUGCCAAGCUUGACCCCUGGCUGAGCACAGGACACCCUCCUCCCAGCCCUGUUGAGUUUUUCACUUGGGUCCUUUUAGCGGAGAUGAUCACAAAACCUUGUGUGACUUGCGUGUGGUUCUGUUUCCUGUUUAGUCUGCUCUAGUUCCUUGUACUGAUCAUCUCCCGUAACAAGCCUGAGCUGCUAUCCUCUCAGAGGGAGCCACGUGUGUUAAUAAGGGCUGCCUGCCGCAUGUACUUUUUAAGUUGGGCUCAUCACUGAAUGUUUUAUGAACCUACAUGAAGAAUUGUAAAAGCCUGCUCCCCAAAGAAGUGUGGCCUUGUGUGCAUUAAACCAUGUCAUCCAUGUUAUCAAAAAAAAAACAACAACUGGAAAUUCUUGCUUUCUUCCCCUUCAGUCAGCUGUGCUUGCAGAUGACAAAGGUCACUUUAUGAGGAAGUCCCUGUUACAAUAAAUGUAAUGGAUUAAUGGA